AGUUCAGGUAUAGCCCGCGCACGCGCGGAGGUAGCAGCGGAUGUUUACAGCGGCUGAGGUCCGUCCGAAGCGACAGAAGCGUCUGAAGAACUGCUCUCCGAGACUAAAUCCGAGGGCUGCUGAGCGCCGAGGUUCUUAUAUAAUCCAUGCUGGCCUGGAACUCACUGAAGAUGACCUUGAACUCCUGAAUAGGAGCUGUUUUGAUUCAGAAAGUCUACUAAUCUUCUGUGGUUUGGUAGUCUUUCCUUCAGCAGUUUAUAUCAGCAUCACCAGCUUUUAAGAAAUAAAACCAUUAGUUUGGAAAAGUCACCUGAGUCUUGCUUGGCUGUAAUCUUGAACAUGGGCGGUGCUGUGAGUGCUGGUGAGGACAACGAUGAGCUCAUUGAUAAUUUGAAGGAAGCCCAGUACAUCCGGACGGACUUAGUAGAGCAGGCUUUCCGAGCUAUUGAUCGAGCAGAUUAUUAUCUUGAAGAAUUUAAAGAAAAUGCAUACAAAGACUUGGCAUGGAAACAUGGAAAUAUUCAUCUCUCAGCCCCGUGCAUCUACUCGGAGGUCAUGGAGGCUCUGGAUCUGCAGCCUGGGCUCUCAUUUCUGAAUUUGGGCAGUGGUACUGGCUACCUCAGCUCCAUGGUGGGACUCAUUCUAGGUCCUUUUGGUGUGAACCAUGGGGUGGAGCUUCAUUCAGAUGUGACUGAGUAUGCGAAACAGAAACUGGAUGUCUUCAUCAGAACAAGUGACAGUUUUGAUAAAUUUGACUUUUGUGAACCUUCCUUUGUAACUGGAAAUUGCCUGGAGAUUGCUCCAGAUUGUUGUCAGUAUGAUCGUGUUUAUUGUGGAGCUGGUGUGCAGAAAGAACAUGAAGAGUACAUGAAAAAUCUUCUCAAAGUUGGAGGGAUCCUUGUCAUGCCCUUGGAAGAGAAGUUGACCAAGAUAACACGCACAGGCCCUUCUGCUUGGGAAACAAAAAAGAUUCUGGCUGUUUCCUUUGCCCCUUUGGUCCAGCCUUGCCGUUCGGAAUCAGGACAGUCCAGACUUGUCCAGCUACCACCACCAGCCGUGCGCAGCCUACAGGACCUGGCCCGGCUUGCUAUCCGUGGCAGCAUCAAGAGGGCUAUGCGACAGGAAGCCACCAGAGGAGGUGGCCUGAAGAACACACCUAUGUUUAAAAGAAGACGAGUCCGUCGCCGCAGAAUGGAGACCAUUGUCUUUUUGGACAAAGAGGUUUUUGCCAGUCGAAUUUCCAACCCCUCUGAUGACACCAGCUGUGAGGAUGCAGAGGAAGUGGCAGAGAGGACCUUACAGGAGACCAAACCUGAGCCACCAGUGAACUUCCUUCGUCAGAGGGUAUUGCGCCUCCCAUUGCCUGAUCCCCUGAAGUACUACCUGCUGUAUUACAGGGAAAAGUGAGCUGUGGGAGAGUGGGACCAGGAUUCCCAGAGGAAACUGCUGGCCAGGUACAUGUCUUUUCCCUUUCUUGGUUCCUGUCUUUCCAUGUAAUGGUGUGAUUUAUUUAAGUACAGUCUAACAAGAAACUACAUAGAAUUAUUUUCUUUGGGGGUGGGGUAGGGUGUGCAUCUUUUUGGCUCUACUGUAACUUGAAUUCAUUGGGAACUGCAUGAUGUCUGCUCCUUAUGCAGGCAAACUUUCACAUUGAGACUUGAACUAAAUUUGAUUGGAUCCUGUGUGAAGCAAGGGGCAAGUCUGUAAAGGUGUGACAUACCACCACUCGAAUUUUAUGUGGUGGUUCUGUUGCUGGCUUCUGACUUUUGCCUUUUUCUAUGUUCAGAAAUGUUUAAAAUCCUCCCUUAUUUAAAUCAAACUGAUCAAAUAUUAUGUGAAAUAUCAACCAUAAUUUUUUAAAGAAAAAGAAAAUGAGAUGCAGAAGGAGGGAUAAUGUAUAGAACUGCCAGAUAUCUUUCAGGAAUUUCCAAAGACUUCCAAGCAGUUGAUCCUCCCCCGAUUCCUUCUGAUACUUUAUUGGAACCACCAUCAAGUAAUCUCUUUUUCUGAGAGGAAAAGUUUUUCCUGAACUAUCGCAGUGAUUCAAGAGUCACUGAACUGCAAAGACCAGAGCAGUUCUAAGGUAUCUACAUGAGAAUUUUCCGUGCAGGUGGAGAGACUGCAGUGUUAGAGAAAGCCCGUGCUUCUUGACUUCUUUGGUCAUAUUAGAGUAGGUCAUAGAUUUUUAUCUUUUAUAAUUCUGGAGAAAAAAAUUGUUAGUUUUGUAAGUUUUCUUAAGAACAGAUAUAUGUAUUUUACUAGCUCCAUUGCAUUAGAGCAGUUUAACUUAGUGACUUGUGAAAUCUGUCAUCUCCAGGUCAUAGGUGUUGAGAACUAUCUAAUUUAAAAAAAAAAAAAAAAAAGGCAAUCUUUCUGACUGUCAGAGGGAAGGAAUUGAAGUUACAUUGCUGAUUCCAAAAGCUGGCUCUUAAAAAAAAAUUUUUUUUUCUAGCCCAAAGAAAAGAAUAGUGUUGUUAGUAAUAAGCCCAAAUUAGAGUAUUAAUUUAGGAUUAAGUACUGAGAUUUUAUGAUUUACUUUUAGUUUAGCCUCAUGUGACUUGCAGGAAGAAAUUUGAUAGUUCUGCGAUUUCUCCAGCUUAAAUGGGUAUUUUUGUUCUUCUUUUUCCUUUUCCUUUUUUUUUUUUUUUAAGUUAGUUGAAUCAUUUUUACCACACAUUAUAGUCUGCAUGUAUAGCUGGGAAAACAUAUAAUACCCUACAUUAUAAAUAUAAUGUACAUUUACAUGACUUUAAAUGUAAGCUAUUUAAAGAAAUUCAUAGUUGUUUUUACUUGCCUUUUAACUCCAAUUUGGGCUUCUUUUCUUUCAGAGAGAAAUGCAUGCUCUAACUUGACUUGCAAAUGUUUGUAGUUUGCAGAUCGUUCUUGAUGUUAACUCUAAUUGUUAGCUAGACUUUUGUUACCUGGAAAAUUUUGGACAUAAAAUUAAAUAAAUGAUACCUGUGGAGUUUGUAUAUUAGGUGGAUUGGUUGAAUUUUUUCCUGUGAUUGAGUAUGGGCUACAUUUUGAAAAGCCACAUUUGCCUUUAUGCUGGACUUUUAAAAAAAUGACAAACGAUGUGUAAGACAUUUUCCCUUUAUAUGUUAAACUCUCCUUAGCAUUUUGUAUUUAUAUUUUAUCACUUUGUGAUUUUAAACCACAAUUCAGUGAAAUAUAGUUGUAACAAGUGAGAAAUAGAUUGGCCUUUAUCUUAUACUUCCAGGAAAAAUUUAAAUUUUCUCAUAAACACUUUGCUGUCAGAAUUCAGUAUAUGCCAAUGAUAUAUACAAUAAUAUCCCACAUUCUGUUUUCAGACUAAUAAAUCUUAAUAUAGUCUAAUGUUUGUCUUCAGGAUCUGUAUUGUAAACAAAAUAUUGACAGUGGCUAUGUUUUAAUGAGUAUUUUUAAACACAUGACUUCUGUUGUAAGAAUCAAAGGUGUACAUAAAAAUAGAUUUGUCAACAUGGAACUUAAAGUUGAAAAUCCAAGAAAUUAGAAACACUGAUUUUUUUUAAUGAGGUGAAACAUAUGGGUAAACACAAAUAAAUCAAUAAAACUGUGUUAAGACAUU